AUGAUAUCGCCCAAAACUCAAGAGAGAGGGACGCUGAACACACUCUACUUCUUUGAUAUGGUUUUCAUCCAAGCUAUCCCCAAAGCACAUCAAAACCAGCAAGCAAAAUGUGGCGUAUUGCAAAUGCUUGACCACUCUGAUGCAUAUUGUAAAAGCCACCCCCUUAGGAUGUUGAGAACCCAUUUGCAGACCCCACCAGGUGAGGUUGUGGCUGAGGAGGUGCCACAUGGGGCCGUAGACGGUAGAGUCAUGUUGUGUUGGUUGCUGAUUAUGUUAUAG